ACUACUGGUGCCUGGACGACCUGUACCGGGAGAUGGUGAGACGCUACGUGGAAGUCCUUGAGAAGCUUCCGGAACAUUGGGCAGAUCCAGCUACCCUGGAAGGCUGCUCGCAGCUGAAGCCGGAUAACUACCUCCUCGCCUGGCACACACCUUUCAACGAGAAGGGCUCGGGGUUUGGAGCCGCCACCAAAGCCAUGUGCAUCGGCAUGCGGUACUGGAAGCCCGAGCGCCUGGAGACACUCGUGGAAGUGAGCGUCGAGUGUGGCAGGAUGACCCACAACCACCCCACAGGCUUCCUCGGAUCCCUGUGCACGGCCCUGUUUGCAUCAUAUGCUGCACAAGGGAAGCCUCUGGAGCAGUGGGGCAGGGACAUGAUGCGGACGAUCCCGCUGGCUGAGGAAUACUGUAAGAAGACCAUCCGGCACCUGGCAGAAUACCAGGAGCACUGGUUUUACUUUGAAGCCAAAUGGCAGUUUUACUUGGAGGAGAGAAAGAUCAGCGACGACACGGGAAGCAAAGCUGUCUUCCCCGACUGCUACGACUCCGAGGCGAGGGACAAGGCUUACCGAAAAUGGAGCUCGGAAGGCCGAGGGGGCCGGCGGGGCCACGAUGCCCCCAUGAUCGCCUACGACGCUCUCCUAGGAGCAGGCGACAGCUGGGCAGAGCUCUGCCACCGGGCCAUGUGUCACGGAGGCGAGAGCGGGGCCACGGGGACCAUCGCGGGCUGCCUGUUCGGGCUGCUGCACGGCCUGGAUGCGGUUCCCACGGGCCUGUACCAGGACCUGGAGCACAAGGAGGAGCUGGCGCGCCUGGGCGAGGCUCUGUACCACCUGUCCACAGAGGAGAAGUAAAGCCCUCCCGCCACCGCCCCUCCGUGGGGAGCCGCGUCCAGCUCUGGCGGCCCACGGCCCUCCUGGGUGUGCGCCUCACUGGCCAUAAUCACAUUUUAACUCUCUCCUCCCCCGAUGUCAGAACCCUACCUGCCGUAGGAAAUGCACUGUCUGUCCUGCGAGGAUGUUUGUCCUGCCCUCACGUGGCCCAGAGGCAUCACUGGCCCCACGCCGGGUCUGUGGCCCCGAGCCUCCAAACACGGGAGCACAAACAGCCUCGGGGACGAUCGUGUAUUUCACUCCGCGCACGACUAACGCUACUCGCUCACUCACGCCGACAAAACUAACCACGACCGCCGUAUGUGGACCGAGCGCGCGUCCCCGCCGCUCCUGGCCUCAGACGCCAGCAGCCCACAGCGCGCUACCUCCAGCCGGCGUUUUUAAUCACACUAGAUCUUAAAACCAGCCCCUUUGGAAAGAGUGCCUGACAAAACCGGAAAAUAAAGGGUCCUCGUGCGUCCCCGCUUCUCCUUCGGCGUGGUCUGCAGCCGUCUCGCGGGCCUGCCAGGCCCACCCUCGGCCUCCACCACCUGCUCCACCAGCCUCGUGGCUGGGGACCCGCAGCUGCUCGCCGUGGCUGGGGCGCCCCUGUCUGCGAGUCUUGAGGAAGAGAACCCUCGCUCUUGCUAGAAAUAACCUCGGACACGGUCUUUCUGAAGUAGCAUCUGGUGUGAAUAAAAGAGCAGUUGGUGUUUCACGUUUAA